AUGGGAACGAGUUUUCAUCGUUCGACAAUCAGAUCGACUAAUGAAUAUACAUUCGACGAUUGCUUACCGAAUGAUUUCGAAAGCGAAGCUAUUAAUCAAACACAAGCAGCUGAAGAAAAUUUGAGAACCUUGAUUGAUGACGACGUAUCAGGUAAUAACGGAGAAAUAAUGAACGCUGCUUCGACAAAUAAUACGCGAACAAAAACACAACUAUUCUUUACAACAGCAACAACAAAAAUAAUUGAUCAAAUAGAAAAUAGAAAUAUAGGUCACGAGUAA